AUGAAGCUCUCCCGGGUGAUGCAAUUGCCCACGCUGCUGGCGGCGUCGCUCCUCGCGGCCGCCCCGAGCCUCGUUGCGGCGGAGCACACCAGCAAUUGGGCCGUCCUGGUCUGCACGUCGCGCUUCUGGUUUAACUACCGUCACCUCGCCAACGUGCUGUCCAUCUACCGCACCGUGAAGCGCCUCGGCAUCCCCGAUUCGCAGAUCAUCCUGAUGCUGCCCGACGACAUGGCCUGCAACCCGCGCAACGCCUUCCCUGGCACCGUCUACUCCAACGCCGACCGCGCCGUCGACCUGUACGGCGACAACAUCGAGGUCGACUACCGCGGCUACGAGGUCACCGUCGAGAACUUCAUCCGCCUCCUGACUGACCGCGUCGGCGACGAGAUGCCCCGCAGCAAGCGCCUGCUGACCGACGACAGGAGCAACAUCCUGGUCUACAUGACGGGCCACGGUGGCAACGAGUUCCUCAAGUUCCAGGACGCCGAGGAGAUUGGCGCCUUCGAUCUGGCUGACGCCUUCGAGCAGAUGUGGGAGAAGAAGAGGUACCACGAAAUCCUCUUCAUGAUCGACACCUGCCAGGCCAACACCAUGUACUCGAAGCUCUACUCGCCCAACAUCAUCGCGACGGGCUCUUCGGAGCUGGACCAGUCGUCAUACUCGCACCACGCCGACAACGACGUCGGCGUCGCCGUCAUCGACCGCUACACAUACUACAACCUCGAGUUCCUCGAGGCCGAGGUCCGCGACAUCGGCAGCAAGAAGACGGUCGGCGACCUGUUCGACAGCUACAACUUUGAAAAGAUCCACUCCAAUGCCGGCGUCCGCUACGACCUGUUCCCCGGCGGCGCCGACGCCGCCCGCGCCCGCCUGCUGACCGACUUCUUUGGCAACGUCCAGAACGUCGAGGUCGACGGGCCCCGAAACGCUACGACGGCCGGCGCCGGCGCCGGCACCGCCCAGCUAGAGGAGGACCUACUGGUACUGAGCAGGAAGAUUGCCGAGCUGAGGAAGCGGGCGGAUACCGAUGAUGUGGCCGCAGAUGGCGAUGCCCAGCCUGCUUCUGCCCCCAGGGAGCAAGGGGUCAACACGAGGAACCAGUCCGCGCAAAAGAGGAUACAGGUCACAACGUCUCUCACCGACGACAAUUGGUGGACCAAGAAGCUUUUUGGGGCCACGGCGGUUGCCGGCUGUGCUUUGUUGUGGGGCGUUGGCUCAUUUUUGUAA